AUGGCUCCAACCGAACCUAAGAAGGGUGGUGCCAAGAAGCCUUCUGCUUACAAUGAGUACAUGAAGGUCCAACUUGCCAAACUCAAGGCAGACGCCGAGAAGACCGGAAAGAAAUCCGACCACAAGGAGAACUUCAAAAAGGUCGCUGAAUCCUGGAAGACUGCUCCUGAGAACCCCGUUAGUAUCAUUGUCCUUUGCUUGCCUUUUCUACCCCUUUCCUUUGAAAGAGGGAAAUCAGUCGCCAUCAAUCUUAAUUGA